GUGGCGGGAGUGGGGGCGCACAACACGAGGAAAUGUUAUAGUACGCUCUUGGAGAGGUAAACAGAGAAGAGAAAACGGCAGCUAUACUUUCUUUACACAGCAUUGUUUGCAAGUUGAACGAUUAUACCUGAAUCCGCAACGAUGAGGAACAAUAGCAUGGCACCACCGUCUGAGGAGGAAAACACCACGCAAGUGGUAUCGUCCAACAUUGUUCGGCGUUCAGGUAGACGGGGUCAGCCUCCUAAACGCCUCAGUGAUGAACAUACUGACAAUGUUGCGCCAAAACCGAACAAGAAAAAGAAAAGUGAGAUGAAAAAGGAUAUUGCUGCUUCGACCAAAGAAGAGCCAGACAGUGGCGAUGAAAACGAAUAUAAAGGCCCACAGCUGUCCGAGUAUGAGCUGGAAAGGCUCGAGACCAUUCGCCAGAAUCAGGCCUUCCUGUCAUCUCUUAACCUACCACAGAUUGCUGAGACGUUGAGACCAAAGAAGCCAUCUCAACUAGGCUUGAAAAAGGAAAAGGUGGUGAAGGAGAAGGAGGUUCUUCCUCCCAGGAAGUCACGCCGUCUACAGAACAAAGAUGCAGACUUCACAGUCACCCCGAAUGCCGAACCAGAACUUAAGGAGGAAGAGGUAGUGCUACGUUAUCUGGAGGGGCCUGUGCCAAUGUGCCCUCUGAACGUGGAAGAUGAGGGCUCACUUCCUGAGGAUCUUCUCCAUCUCUGGGCUGAGGAGCCUGUGAAGUAUGACAAGAAGAAAGUUGACUUGGAGAGAUACAAGGAAGGUCUUCAGAAGAUGUGCAUAAAGGAGGAGCGUGUUGUGAAGGUGGUGAAGGAUCGGGUCUUCAGAACAGCUUUCCAUCCCUGUGCUAGCAGUCUGCUGAUGGCCGCCGGGGACAAGUGGGGCAAAAUAGGCCUCUGGAACCUGGACGCUACUUGGGGUGACAACGGAGUCCUGUUGUUUGAACCACACACCAGACCAAUCACCUCCAUGAAGUUUUCGAAGUCACAACCGACAACCCUCAUCACUACCAGCUAUGAUGGCACGGCAAGGGCAGGAGAUGUGGAACACGCCACGUUUGAUGAGGUUUAUCGUUUCAAGGAUCUGAAGACCUUUGACUUCUUGUCGGACGACUGUACCACAUUGCUCAUAGGGACAACAGGAUGUGUUAGCAUUGUCGACAUGCGCACUCCAGGGACAUCGCAUGAGUCUCUCCAUGUUCUGGAUCCGCUGUCGAAGGCUGUGCGCUGUGUCCAUGUCCAUCCUGUACAGAGGCAGUAUUUUGUGGCUGCUGAAAGCAGUGGGGUCCAUAUCUAUGAUGCACGGUGCCUGAAGAAGAAGUCUAACCAGGCUGUGUCUGGCCUGGAGGGACACUCCCGCAGUGUGUCUUGUGCCUACUUCUCUCCUCACACUGGAAACAGAGUACUCACCACCAGCUUCGAUGACCUACUCAGGGUGUUCGACACAUCACAGAUGAUCUCUUCACCACCCCUCAUCACCUCCAUCCGACACAACACCCACACGGGUCGCUGGCUGUCCAAGAUGGAGGCGGUGUGGGACCCCAAGCAGGAGGACUGUUUUGCUGUGGGCUGCAUGGAGUGGCCACGCAGAAUUAAGGUUUUCCAUGAGAGCGGAAAGCUGCUCCACACACUGCAAAACCCAGAUCACUUGACGACCGUGUGUCCCGUUGUGGCCUUCCACCCUAGUAGGUUUGCACUGGUUGGGGGGAAUUCCAGUGGCAGACUCCAUAUCUUCACCUAGAUCCCCAUGCUAAAUCAACUACAAGCCUUUUAGUUUGCAUUUUCAUCAUCAGUUUCGGUAAAUCUGUUGCACUCCAAGCCUUAAGUUUGCGUUUUCAUCAUGGCCAGUGUUGCACUACCUCUGUUUUACACCAAAAAUGAACUGCUCAAGGUCUUCUAGUUCUUCAAUUGUUUGGUUUCUAUAUCAUUAUGCCCACUUGGAUUAAAUAUGUCCCAUUAACUCUGUUUUAUAACUUUAAUGUGUACGUUUCUUGUGUUUCUCUAUGUUUUGCUGAGCAAAAAUAAACCUUACUUUUCUGUGAA